AUGUUUAGAUCGCAGCUCGUGUCAAUAUUCUUCAUUUUAUCUUUUGCUCUUUCUCCCGUUUACGGGGAUUUCGACCAAAUGCAACUCGUCUUAACAUGGCCACCGACUUAUUGCCACGAAAAGAGUUGCGCAAGAAUUCCAACAAAUUUCAGAAUUCAUGGGCUUUGGCCAGACAACCAGCACGAACUGCUGAAUAACUGUAAGAAGUCGUUUACGACAAUCACGAAUAGCAGUAAAAGCAAUGCGCUGGACGACCGCUGGCCUGAUCUAAAAUACAGCAAAAUGAAAACUAUACAAACACAAGAUUUCUGGAAGUAUCAGUACAACAAACACGGAACAUGUUGUAUUGAGCUCUACAGUCAAGAAGCAUAUUUUGAUCUUGCCAUGAAGUUAAAAGACAAGUUUGAUCUUUUGCAAAUGCUCAAAAGUCAAGGAGUUAUUCCUGGAAAAACUUACACUGUUAACAAGAUUGAAGAAGCCAUCAGGGAAGUUACUCAAGCGUAUCCUAACCUCAAUUGCAUUGGUGAUCCACUAAAAACAAUGGAACUCAAAGAGAUAGGUAUCUGUUUCAACCGAGAGGCAACUGAAGUGGUUGCUUGUCAUCGACGUGAGACAUGCAACCCAUUGAACAAGAAUAAAAUUAGUUUUCCACUAUGA